UUGAGUGACCAUGAAUUCUCCCAGAACCCACUGCUCUUCCUCUAACUGUAGCGGCCUGAGGUGACCUGCCAAAAUGGUUCGCUACUCACUUGACCCAGAAAACCCUACAAAAUUCUGCAAAUCAAGAGGGUCAAACCUCCGAGUCCACUUCAAGAACACCCGUGAAACUGCCCAGGCCAUCAAAUAUAUGCAUAUCCAGAAAGCCACCAAAUACUCGAAAGAUGUCCCUCUGCAGAAGCAGUGUCUGCUCUUACAACGUUACAAUGGUGGCGUUGGUAGGUGUGCCCAGGCCAAACAGUGGGGUUGGACCCAAGGUCGGUGGCCCAAAAAGAGUGCUGAAUUUUUGCUUCACAUGCUUAAAAAUGCAGAAAGUCAUGCUGAACUGAAGGGUUUAGAUAUGGAUUCUCUGGUCAUUGAGCACAUCCAGGUGAACAAAGCCCCCAAGAUGUGCUUCCAGACUCACAGAGCUCAUGGUCGGAUCAACCCACACAUGAGCUCCCCCUGCCACAUUGAAAUGAUCCUGACCGAGAAGGAACAGAUCGUUCCCAAACCAGAAGAGGAGGUUGCACAGAAGAAAAAGAUUUCCCAGAAGAAACUGUAGAAGCAAAAACUCAU